AUUCAUUCUCUAUGGUAGUGCUUAACACUACGGAUGCAAUAUUCUUUUGGCCACACGUACACUUCAUGGCGCUGUUUCGUCUUUUCCGUGGCGGGUAAUUUAAGAAGUGUAGUGUCAUCGGAAAGAUAUUUGUUUACCGAAUUGUCAGAUCAGUAAACUGGUUUUGUACAACAAAUAUUAACUGUCUAAACUACCUUAAGACAGAUAUUACAUAUGGUGACUGCUGUUUUUAAAUAACGCGAUUAAGCUGACAAACCAAGACACAGCAGGAUGAAGGUGAAGGUGAUCUUCCCAGGCAAAAUUAAAGUGUGCUUCAGGAAAGGACCAACUGGAUAUCUGAGACAAGAUCCCUCAGAUGAAGCCAAGAGGAUCAAAGACAACCCCAAUCUCCAGGACAAAUCAGCCCCUCAGGGGGAAGACAAGGUCAAGGAAAAUGCUCGCUCUGUUGUCUUCAUGAGAGGAGGAGAUGUGUCAGACAGACAGGAGGUGCUGGGAGAGUAUGUGCUUCAGUUUGGAAAGUACAAAGGCAAGUCAUUCCGGUGGCUGCUUGAGAAUGAUGUAGGCUAUACCAUGUUCUUGACUAAGAAGGUUGAGGACGAGGAGAGAGCCGGACAGUUUAAACCAGAGGGUCCCAAGAAGGACAGCCUACUUUCAUUUCUUGACUACAGUAGAAGCUUCCAGGAAAUCAAGGACCUCAUAAAGUAUUUAUCUGGAAGAUCAGUGGCACCACCUGUAAGAAAUGAAGAUGACAACUUGGUUGGCUUUGGGAUUAAUGCAGACAAGACUUGGUGGGAUAUUUGGGAGAGCAGAGCAGAUGGAUAUGCUGCAUUCAUCCUCCAGAAACAGUGUGUUCCAGGCAGCAAAAUGUAUCGGCUGCAGCAAUACCUCACUCAGAAAAAGAGACAGCUUCAGAGUGUUUCAGAGGAACUUGCUUCCUCUGGCCUUGUAGCAUCUGCCUCUCAUCCUCUAGAAAUGGAGGAUGAUGAAGAAUUGGAGAGAAUGAUGCUUUCUAUAUCCCCAUCAAAACUCCAAGGCCAACUGAGUUCAGAAGUUGUUGGAGUCCCAGUGGUCAAAGGUCUUAUUCUACUGCAUACAAGGGAUGAUUCUGACAUGAAUCAGGAUUAUCUGUUCUGCAUUGAUUUGUUGCUGUUUGUUGUUUAG